GCAAGCUUACAGCACAAGUAAGAGAGCAACAGGCACUCAACGCAAAGGGCCACGAUGAUGCAGGGCCUCUUGAAUCUCCACCUGCCACCGAUGACGUGUUUGAGAGCGCCAUAGUGGACAGUCUACCAGAGAUGCCUGUGGCAAAGAGGCCCUCGGAAAGUCCAGGGGGAUGUGAUCGAUCGUCUGCAG